AUGGCACCGAAGAAAGACAAGAAGCCUAAGAAGUCAACCUGGAAGUUUAAUUUGGACCUUACUCAUCCAGUAGAAGAUGGAAUUUUUGAUUCUGGAAAUUUCGAACAGUUUCUGUGGGAGAAGGUUAAGGUGCAUGGAAAAAGUGGAAAUCUUGCGAAUGUCAUUCACAUUGAACGCUUCAAGAAUAAAAUCACAGUUGUUUCUGAGAAGCAGUUCUCUAAAAUGUAUUUGAAAUACCUUAGCAAGAGAUACCUUAAAAAGGACAAUCUUCAUGAAUGGCUUUGUGUGGUUACAUCUGAGAAGGAGACUUAUGAACUUCACUACUUCUAG